AUGAGAAGGAAUCUUAUUUCAAUUUCUAAGUUGGUUCUGUCGAAUUAUUCUUUUCAAUUCAAUAAAGAAGGCUUCAGUUUGUUUCAUAAUUCAAUUCCAGUUGCAAAAUGCCCUGUUGAAUGUGGUUUAUUUCACUUGAAUUCCAUACCAGCUGCUCUAAACACUGAAAUCAUUCCAAGUCCAACUCAAUCUGCUAGGCUUUGGCAUCAUAGGUUAGGUCACAUCUCUAAAGAUAGAAUCCAACGCUUAGUUAAAGAACAAAUCCUGCCAUCAGUAGACUUCUCUGAUCUAGAUGUCUAUGUCAAUUGUAUUAAAGGGAAAUUAACUAAGGCAAGAAAGAAAGGCUCAAACAGAAGUGGUCAACUCUUAGAAAUAAUCCAUACAGACAUCUGUGGCCCUUUUCCCAUCCAAACUCUAGAAGGCCACAGAUACUUCAUAACCUUCAUAGAUGACUACUCUAGGUAUGGCUACUUGUUUCUCAUUACAGAAAAGUCUAGUGCUCUGGAAGCUUUUAAAAUUUUUAAAACAGAAGUUGAAAGACAGUUGGAAUUAAAGAUAAAAGUUGUUAGGUCUGAUAGGGGAGGUGAAUAUUAUGGGAAAUUUGAUCAAACUGGCAGACACCCUGGACCUUUUGCUAAGUAUUUGCAGGAAUGUGGAAUUGUUGCACAAUACACCAAUCCAGGAACUCCAGAGCAGAACGGUGUAGCUGAAAGAAGAAAUAGAACACUCAAGGAUAUGGUGAGGAGUAUGAUCUGCAAUUCACAGCUACCUAAUUACCUAUGGGGCGAGGCAAUAAGGACAGCAAACUACAUCCUAAACCGUGUACCAAGUAAGGCAGUAUCAAAGACCCCUUUUGAGCUAUGGACUAACAGAAAGCUGAGCCUCAACCAUUUGCAUAUAUGGGGGUGCAAGGCAGAAGCAAAAGUCUUCAAUCCACAAGAGAAGAAAUUGGAUCCCAAGACCAUAAGUUGUUUUUUUGUAGGUUAUCCAGAGAAGACGAAGGGGUACAGAUUUUAUUGUCCAAAUCAUACAACAAGGCUUGUGGAAACAGGUAGGGCAGUUUUUCUAGAAAAUGUCCAUGAAGAAAGGAAGGCCACAGAUUUCAUUUUUGAAGAGCUGGGUGAAAUUGCAAUUGAGCCAGCAAAGCGAAGUGUGCAAGUUCCACAUAUAAGUGAAAUACAAGGGGAAGAUUAUGAAGAUAUGGAACCUGAACAAGAAGACAUGAAUGAAAUUCAAGUCUAG